AUGUUUGGCCGAGAGACAUUCGAGAUCUCGGUUCCUUCUCUACCGCCUGGCGUGGUCAUCAACAGCCCCCAAGUUUUGGAUUACGUGCUCAAAAACGAGGCGGCCAUCACCAAGGGCGACUUUUUCAGAGAACGGUCGUGGGAUCUUUUUGGCUAUGGCAUUAUCAAUGCCUCAGGCGAGCUGUGGCGCGCACAACGCAAAGCCGGGUUGAAGUUCUUCAGUGGGACAAAUCUCGAUAUCAUGAUCGAAGAUGUUUUACCCGAGAUCUAUCAAGCGUCCACGAGGAACGUCCUCUCCCAAGCCGCGCAGGACCGCUCUGCGGUCGACUUACAGAAGAUCUUCCAUGAUCUCACAACCACUGUGGUCGGACACAUGGCCUACGAUAUGGAAAUCGACGCCUCCUCCCCCUUCAGCAAAGCCUUCGACCAUGCCUCAUCCCAAAUCGGCCUCCGCUUUCAAAACCCGCUGUACCGUUUCACCGAGAUCUUCACGGGCUCGUCAUUCCGCGCCGCCCUCGUCGAAGUGAAACGCUUUGGCCGUCAGAUUGUCUCCGAAGCCCGGAAACGCCGUGCUCGAGAAGCGUUUGAAAGUCUCAUCACCAACACCAGCGAAGACGAGACCAAGCUCGAGCAGCAGCGUAAACAGCCCGAUGGUGACGACGAAUCUGGGUUGGGAUUUGGAACGUUGAUUGACUCACUCAUUGAAUCGUUGGGAGAUCCCAAAAUUGUCGCUGAUGCGGCACUCAAUUUUCUGUCUGCGGGUCGAGAUACCACGGCACAGAGUCUCACCUGGACGUUCUACGCAUUGCUGAGACACCCCGAAGCAUUAAAGCGGGUACGGGAAGAGAUCGAUUCGAAAUUUGGAACGGCACCCGAUACCCCGAUGGGUAACCAGCCACCAGCAGACGAUACCAUGGAUAACGAGCGCGAAGACGGGGAUGUUGAAAUCGACGUAGCAGCACUGCAACCAACCUCACUCCCCUACACCAUGGCAACCUUCUACGAAGCACUCCGCCUGUACCCGCCAGUCCCCUUUGAAAUCAAGCAAACCAACCAACCCGUCACCCUGCCCGACGGCACCUCUUUACCCGCGGGGGCCAUUGUAGUCUGGUGCAUCUGGGCAUUAAACCGCUCCUUCUCCACCUUUGGCGAGGACGCCCACUCGUUCCGCCCAGAGCGCUGGUUAGAGACCUCAACCUCGAAUCCACACUUGGACGCCGACACCGCGACACCACCGCCCACCUUCAAGUUCACCGGCGCCAGGUUCUCGGUGGGCGAAUUCGCCGUCUUCAACGGCGGCCCGCGCAGCUGCUUGGGGAAGAAGAUGGCCGAGCUGAUGGGCGCGUGGGUGCUGGUGCGCAUGCUGCGCGACUGGGACUUGGACGAGGUCAACGACGGCCUCAACAUGGACCCCUCCUCAAGCCAGCGCAGGAGCGCGAAUUCCUUGACGCUGCCCAUGCAGGGCGGCUUGCCUGUGCGGGUGCGCCUCAGGGGGAGGUGA